UUCCCGGAUCUACCCAGCGAAGAAGGAAUUCUUCGUGAUCGGGAUGCCGAAAAUAUCUUGCCCUAUGAAGCCGAUGACUCGCCCUUCCCAGAAGUGCGGGCUGUUAUUCAGCCAGUCAAUGAUUUAACCCUACCUGUGAAUACGGUCCGCAUGUGGACUAUUGGUAUCAUCUUUACCAUCGUCGGGAGUGGGUUAAACCAAUUCUUCAGUCUACGACAACCCAGUGUGACAAUCAGUGCACUGGUCGCUCAGUUGCUGGCUUUCCCUAUUGGAUGCGCCUGGGCGAAAUGGAUUCCUCUCGGUCCGAUGAAUCCCAAUCGGCAUUUUAAUAUCAAGGAGCAUGCUUUGAUCACCAUCAUGGCAAAUGUCUCUAUUGGCUCUGCAGCAGCUACUCAAAUCAUCGAAGCGCUAGUCAAGUUCUAUAAUAUGCCUUCUCAGGGUGGAUUUGAAGUGCUAUUAUGUAUUACCACCCAAAUGUUCGGCUUUGGCUUGGCUGGUAUGGCAUCACGCUGGCUGGUCGGUCCAGCAUCAAUGCUUUGGCCUCAAGUGUUGUCAAACGCAGCACUUUUGACUACUCUCCACUCUCGUUCUAAUGCCAUAGCCGAUGGUUGGCAGAUUACGCGUCUUCGCUUCUUCCUUUAUGUAUUCCUUGGUGGCGCUAUCUGGUACUUUGCCCCGGGAUAUCUCUUCACGGGUCUGAGCACUUUCACAUUCAUCUGCUGGAUUGUGCCAUCCAAUGUGGUCGUAAACCAACUCUUUGGACAGACUACAGGAUUGGGAAUGUCAGUAUUGACCUUUGACUGGGCACAGGUGGUCUACGCUAACCAAAGUCCCCUACUGGUGCCUUUCUGGGCUGGUCUAAAUGUGAUGGGAUCCUUUGCACUGUUCUUUUGGCUUGUUUGCCCCAUCGUUUACUAUACCAAUACUUGGUACUCUGCUCACCUUCCACUUCUCAAUUCCAAUACAUUUGACAACACUGGAAGAACUUACAACACCAGUCGCAUCAUGGAUUCGGACGGUGAGAUCAACCAGGCUGCUUAUCGAUCCUACUCGCCUAUGUUUCUACCGGCUGGUUAUGCAAUCACAUUUGGCGUCGCUUUCGCCAAUCUGACAGGCAUCUUUUUCCACAUCGGGCUGUACCAUGGCAAGGACUUGUGGCAACAGUGGAAGGGCACAAGCAAGGAAGAUAUUCAUGGUCGAUUGAUGUCUUCAUAUCAAGCUGUGCCCUGGUGGUGGUUCGUUGCAGUGACUGUUCUGAUGUUUGUGUUGAGUAUAGUGACCAAUGAAGUGUGGCAUACGGGCCUCCCAGCAUGGGGCGUGCUUGUGGCUUUCGUGUUGCCUGUCGUCUACUUUAUUCCCGUGGGCAUCAUCAAAGCUCUCACAAAUAUCAGCAGCAAUCAACUCAAUCUGCUGACGGAGUUUAUUGGGGGAUAUGCCUUCCUAGGGCGGCCAGUUGCCAACAUGGCUUUCAAGUUCUAUGGAUAUGUCGCUGUCCAGCAAGGACUAGAAUUUGUCGCCGACAUGAAAUUGGCCCAUUAUAUGCACAUUGCGCCACGACUACUGUUUGUCGCGCAGGGCCUUGCGACGCUGCUUGGUGCCAUUGUUCAGUGUGGCGUCACAGUUUUUAUGAUCACCAGGAUUGACGAUGUCUGCACUUCUGAUGCAAAUGGCAACUUUACUUGCCCCCAUGGAAAAGUCACAUACUCAUCUUCUCUCAUUUGGGGCGCCAUCGGCCCAGGUCGACUGUUUUCUUCCGGACAGAUUUAUAGUAACCUGCUGUGGUUUUUCCUUGUGGGUCCUGUGGUUGUCAUGAUCACUUACUUUCUAGGUCGUCAAUGGGAAAGCAUCAAUUAUCUUUCUUGGCCUGUCGCUUUUGGUGCGAUGAGCCUCGUCCCUCCAGCUACCGGCAUCAGUUUCUCUUCUUGGUGGAUCGUUAACUUGAUAUUUAACGGCUUAAUCCGUCGCCGAAAACCCGCGUGGUGGUCAAAGUACAACUACGUGUUAUCCGCCGCAUUGGACUGUGGCGUUGCGGUAUCAACAGUGAUCAUAUUCUUCUGUAUAACACUUCCUGCCGGGUCAUUGAGCUGGUGGGGUAAUACCGUGUCUUCUACCACAGCAGAUGGCAAAGGUACACCUUACAAGGACCUACCAGAACGGGGGUAUUUCGGGCCGGCGAAGGGUACAUGGGAGUGA